AUGACCUCUUCGCCAAGAACAAUAUGUUUUCUUCUUCAUAUUAUUCUUCUCUUUUCACUACCUUGGGAGACGGCAUCAUCAGAAAGAACACAGGGAAGAGCCCUUGUCGAGUGGAAGAACACCUUAUCCAAUACCGAUGAUGUUCUUCGUUCAUGGUCAACUGCUAAUCUUGACAACGUUUGCUGGAACUGGACAGGCAUCAACUGCACUAAUGCUGGAGCAGUUAAUGAGAUAAAGCUGGAAAAUUUAAACCUCUCAGGUACACUUAAAAGCUUUGAUUUCUUUUCAUUUCCAAACCUCGCCCGCUUUAGCCUCUAUAACAACAGCUUUACUGGCUCAAUUCCAUACGCUAUUGCUAACCUCUCCCGGCUAGUUUUCUUGGAUCUCGGUUGGAACCAUUUUGUAAAUUCUAUACCGACCGAGAUUGGAAGGUUAACAAAGCUCCAGUUCUUAAACCUUGCGGUUAACAAUCUCAAUGGUACUAUUCCCUCCCAAAUAAGACACCUUCAACACCUCCAUUUACUCUCCCUAUAUUCAAAUUCUUUGACUGGACAAAUUUUAGAAGAAAUAUUCUCCAAUUUGACCAGGCUUCAAUAUUUCAAUUGUGGGAGGAAUCAAUUCCAAGGACCAUUGCCAUCAAAUCUAUUCAAGCUAUCCAGUAUUGAAGUACUUAAACUAGGCGAAACCCAUUUCUUCCAUUCAAUAAUGCCUCCUACCAUUGGAAAUCUAAGUUCACUAAGGCUCCUUGAUCUCGGUCGCAACAUGUUGCAAGGAAAUAUUCCUGAAACAGUUUGUAAUCUUAACCAUCUCGAAGUUCUUGAUUUAUAUGAAAAUAGCUUGGAUGGUGUAAUUCCACCGUGCCUGGGAAAUAUAACUUCACUCAGAUAUCUUUCUCUCAAUUCCAACAUCUUACGAGGCAGUAUUCCAGCAACGCUGUGUAAUCUUUACUCUCUUGAAGGUAUCUCAUUAUCCAACAAUAGUUUGGGAGGUCAAAUCCCAGAAUGUCUGGGGAAUGUAACAUCAUUAAGAUAUCUUUUUCUCCGCUCCAAUAUGUUGCAUGGAAAUAUUCCUAGAGUACUGUGCAAUCUCCGCUCCCUUGAAGGGCUAAUUUUAUCCAACAACAGUUUGGGCGGUCCAAUUCCACAAUGUCUUGGAAAAUUGAAAGUUUUGAGAACUUUGCUAGUUUCUCAAAACCAGCUUCAUGGCACCAUACCUCAAACUUGGAGACUUGGGAAUGCCACAAAUCAAAUAACAAAUUCCAGUUUAAUUUCUGGAACAGAGUUAGGGUUGUGCGGUUUGAGUUCCUUAAGAUUUCUUGAUUUUUCUAACAACAAUUUGCAUGGUCCACUACCUCGGUGUUUAGGAAACUUUAGUCGGAAACUUGAGGUUAUAAAUUUUGCUGAUAAUCAACUUCAGGGAACUAUUCCGAAAACAUGGAGAAAAGGAAACAACUUGUUGUAUUUCAAUUUGAAGAGCAAUCACUUGGAAGGACCAUUGCCUCGAAGCUUGAAAAAUUGCAAGUUUCUCGAAAUUCUAAAUCUCGGGAACAACAAGAUAGUUGAUACGUUCCCAUGCUGGUCAGAUGCUCUUCGCGGAUUGCGUGUUCUUGUCUUGAGAUCUAAUCAGUUCUACGGUGAAAUAUGCAGUACUUCUAAGACUAGAUUUCCAUUCCCAAAGUUGUAUAUAUUUGAUAUUUCACACAAUGAGUUCACAGGUCCUUUGCCAAGAUAUUAUAUGGAGAAUUUUGAAGCCAUGAAGCAUGCAAAUAAUGAUGAACCAUUAGAAUUUUAUGACAUCUCAAGCUUAGUGUUGAAAGGAAAUGAUUUCUUAACAGGCCCAGGGUGGAAUAAUAGGAGUGAUUUAUCAAUAAGCCUAGUGUGGAAAGGGAAGGAGGUUCCACUGGCACACUAUGAUAUCUACACAACCAUUGAUCUAUCCAACAACAACUUUAAUGGUGAGAUUCCAAGAUCUUUAGGAGAGCUUCAUUUUAUUGUGACUCUCAAUCUAUCACAGAAUCAGCUUGCUGGCUAUAUUCCAUCAUCACUGGGAAGUUUAACUAAUCUUGAGACGCUCGAUCUCUCAUCAAACAAACUAGUGGGUGAGAUUCCAGAAGAAAUUUCAAGAUCAUUAACAUUUCUUUCAAAUUUGAAUCUUUCUUAUAAUCAUCUUUCUGGCCGUAUACCUAAUGGCCAACAGUUUAACACAUUUAGCAACGAUUCCUAUUUGGGAAACGCGGCUCUAUGUGGAUUUCCACUAACUGUACAAUGCCAAGACAAAAAUGAUGAAGGGCAUGCAUCGUCAGACACAGAGGAUUCACAAAGUUUUUGGAUUGGAUUUGGUUGGCAAAGUGUUGUUGUUGGAUACAGUUGUGGCAUGCCAUUUGGUAUUGCUCUAGGAUAUUUCAUGUUUAAGUAUGGAAAACCACGAUGGUUUAUAAGGUUAGUCAUUGGGCGCUAA